CCCCAAAUAGUGCACUAUUUAGUGAAUAGGGGACGAAUUGCGACUGUGCGCUCAGUUCGAUGUUCAUCAUGAGAGAGCAGGUGGAUGUGAUUCACACUGGAGAACAGCAGAUGCUGCAGACACCAGUGAAGAUUGAAGUGAAUCAGGAGGAGAUAAAAGAAGAAAACACAACAGAAGAACAACAGAGUGAUGAAGAUGAUGAUGAACAGCAGAUGCUGCAGACACCAGUGAAGAUUGAAGUGAAGCAGGAGGAGAUUAAAGAAGAAAACACAACAGAAGAAAAACAGAGAGAUGAAGAUGAUGAUGAACAGCAGAUGCUGCAGAUACCUGUGAAGAUGUGUUCAGUGAAGCUGCUGGACUGCAGGAACCUGAUGAAGAUGAGAGGAGAAACCACAGCAGAGGAACAACAGAGUGAUGAAGAUGAUGAUGAUUUUAUUCCUGCAGAAGGAUGCAUCGGACAGGGGGCUGGGUACUGUUCUAUCCCAAGAGGUGGAGGGGGAGGAGCGCCCGAUGCUGUACAUUAGUCAAAAGCUCUCUAUGAGAGAGAAGUAGUAUAGCACCAAAGAGAAGGAGUGUUUGGCCAUCAAGUGGGCGGUCCUCACUCUCCGCUACUAUUUGUUGGGACGAGCAUUCACCCUCUGUUCGGACCAUGCCCCGCUCCAAUGGCUCCACCGCAUGAAGGAUUCCAACGCCCGGAUCACCCGUUGGUAUCUGGUGCUCCAGCCAUUUAAGUUCGAGGUUUGAU